AUGAAAGACGGGAAUAAGUCGGUACAACCAACGCAUCUGGAGGACCUGGGCGACGACAUGACUGAGAGCAAGGUCAGAGGACACGGCGAAGAUCAGAACAGCUUUUCGCCCAAGGAGAUUGGGCACAUUCGACGCAGGAUUGACUACCGCCUUGUUCCGGCACUGGGUAUGCUGUUUGCCAUUUCCCUCAUGGAUCGGAGCAAUAUUUCAGCUGCGGCAAUUGCUGGAAUGCGGGUGGACUUAGAUCUGUUGAGCGGCUAUCGAUAUAGCUUGAUCACUCUUUCUUUCUUCAUCACCUAUGUUAUCGUUCAAGCUCCUAUGACUAUUGUCUGCCAUAAAGCUGGGCCUCGCUUUUCCUUCCAGGAGUCUGCGUACUAUGGGGAGGAGUAG